AUGAGGUACAUCUAUAUUCUCGCGGCUUUGGCCGCUUCUGCCAUCGCUAUGCCCACUGUCGACGGCAACAAGGGCGAUGACGAGGAUUGGGAUGAUGACAAUGACAAUGACAAGCCAACCUGUGAUGUCCACCAGACCGUCGUCUGCAGUGGCAACGGAAACGGUGGUCUGCUGUCUCUGGGCAACCUUCUCAACGGUCUUCUGGGUGAGAGCUGCUCCGGUAAUGUCUACUGCUGCGACUCUGAGGAUGUCAACCAGGUUGGUUUGAUUAACCUGAACCUCGACCUCCAGUGCAGCCUGAACAACCUGCUUUAG